UCCCUUCCCUUCCCUUCCCUUCCCUUCCCUUCCCUCACCCUCUCCCAACCCUCCCCUGCAGCCCUACCACUGAUUACCCUGGGCUUUGAGGCUAAUACUCAACACCUGACCAGCUUAUUUGCCUGAGUCUAUUAUCAGCUUAAGGACCAAAGACAUCUGCUCCCUGCUACUGGCUGGGAGAUACAAAGGAGUCUUCAAGCCCACAGCAGGACAGUGAGGGUGCAAAGGACGGCAUCUUGUCGGCACAUAUGGGUUUCUGAACAGCUCCACCACUGAGAGGGGGCAGCUCCUCGUCCCUGUAGGGCAAAAUGGCUCAGGAUAUGACAGAGAAGGAACUGUUGAAGAUGGAACUGGAUCAGCUGAAAAAGGAGGUGAAGAAUGAGAGGCAAAUGGUCUCCAAGACCGGCAAAGAGAUCAAGGAGUACGUCGAAUCCAUGGCAGGAGAGGACCCACUGUUGAAAGGUGUCCCUGAGGACAAGAACCCAUUUAAGGAAAAGGGUGGCUGUACAAUAAGCUGACACCCUUUCUCCUCCCUCCCUGCCCUGGCCAGGAACUGGGCUGUUUCAUGCAGGAGGCAAGACUGUAAGAAACCUGCUUUUCCUGUAGUCUGACCUUGGCACUGGGGAGUCCUGAACCAAUAUAUAGUUGCAUCUAAAGUAGCAAAAAAAAAAAAAAAAAAAAAGAGAGAGAGAGAAAGAGGGGAAAAAAAAAAAAAAAAAGAAAGAGGAAAAAAAAAAGCUAUCCCCUCCCCCCCAACACCGGAGAUGAGGUUCAGCAGUCAGAGCAGAGUGUGUUUUUAUGCUCAUGUAACUGAUUUACAUUUGGUUUCCGCCAAGCAAAACUUCUGUAUUUUUAGCAGGCAGCAGCAAACUGGGCUUUAAUGAAACCGUAGGGCUGUUCCUUGUCUCAGACUUCUCCAAGCAGACCAACACCAGUAUAGGCUCCAAAGCCCCGAGCUGAGCCCCUCUCUUCCCACUCACUGCAGAAGAAUGCUCCCAGUGGGAUCUCACUUGAGUUAUUACCCUGUUUCCCCAUCUGGCACAGCCAGACAAUAUACUGUUGCUAGUUUGAGGCUUCCAGAGGUCUGAAGCUUUAUUCUCUUUAGUACGAUGUAUACCCCCAGCCCAUUAAUGCUAGCGCCCCUACAGACCACAGCUCAUACCCACAAUGCAUCUAGAGCCAUGGGAUGGUCAGAGUAUGUCUGCGGACUUCAACCAACAUAUUGUGAGACACAGGAAGGUGCAAGGCUCCAGGCAGCUUGUUCAAAAGCUUAACCCUGCCUCUUGGUCUUGCUUCCUCCCUGGAAAACCCUCCAGCAGCCACAGGAGAGCAAGCUGUCAGGGCCUUCCUGCAGCUAUGGCAGCUCCACACACUGCCUUGGCUUUACCAUCUGCUCUCCUCUGCUGCUGAGGCUGUGCUGUGGGCAAGUGGGGAGGAUGGACCAAUUCCAUACAGGUAGUGGUGCUGCAAAGUCUUGUCCCCCAAUGUCUCGGUGGCAGGGAUGACUUGGAGCUGGCAGCCCAGACAGCCUCUGCUCAGAGAUGGUGCAUGCACCAGGUCAGACUUAAAACACAGCAAUGAUAAUUGCUACAAAUUGAAGGCAGGAACAAACCUCUCCCACCACAUGGGACGUCGCUGUUUGGGAAGAGUUGAUAGCGCAGAAUUGUAUAGCCUUUGUCUCUCAUGAUGCUGGUGGAGAAAGCAGCCACGGAUGGGGCUCCAGAAGAGCAUGGAGGUGGGCUUGGGACGACUUUAAAUGCUGCACCCACAGGGAAAUCGCUCCUGAACCCAUCUGGAGCUGCGGUGCUUCCCUGGCCGCUGGGCCACUGCUGGCCAUGCUUGGCGCUUCCCUGCAGGAGGCCGUGGGACUGGAGGGCCUCAGCCACCCAGAGCCUGCCCCCACCUGAGCGCAGCGCAGAGGGAACCCACACAGAUCCUCCGCGUCUGGUGUUGUGUACCUGCCUAGCCACGAGUACCUGAAUCAAUAAAGGUUUUGUUCUUUCUCUUGCCUACACUAAAUAAACCCACUCCCUGUGCAUUCGAA